AGGUCACGCAUUCAACAGUUGUCAGAGAGAACAUUGACGAGAUUCAUUCCGACAUUGUCAUGGAGAACGAGGAUGAACAAGAUGAGAGGAGGAACGAGACAACGGAGACUGGGGUAGAAUGGCCCUUACAGGAUUCCUUUGGAUAUGAAGGAGUAUCUAUGACAACAAGGGUUAAUGUUACUGCAAGGAUACAGAGGAUAUAUUGGCGAAGUAUAGAGAUUAACGAUGGCAAUCGUAGCUCCGCCAGGUGGGUGUACUGCUGACAUUCAGUAAACUGAACUAAUAAUCGUAGCCGCUGGGAAGCCAUGGAGUGACGCUAUCUCCAUAGACAUCGUGCUAGCGCCUCCUCAUUCAAAUGCGCGCUUCAAAGCGCAAGUAAAUUAAGAAUUCUGGGUCCACUUCAAGAAUCAUAGGGAGGGAGUAGAGUUUACUAGAAGUCACUGGUUAACAAAGCCAGCUAUCUAAACCUGGCUGCACCGAGAUGGCUUACUCCCUAGGCGACCUCUAUAAAAAUAAAAUCUUCAGGCAUGGAACUAGCGUUAUUUAUACGAUUUAUGUCAGACUGGUAUUUUUUACAGUUCGUUGACAGUGUCCAUCAUUGAGAAUGCAAGAAUAUUGAAUAAGGAAAAACGCAUGAGGUACUUUAUAAUCAUUAUUUGGUCUAUACAGUACACUUCUACAUUUACUUUCUACUCUUGCGUUUUUACCAAGACUAUUUUCAUUGCAGUUUGUGUUGCUUGGUACAAGGCUUCUCCAGUGUUUGCUGUGAAGUGAGGUUGCGUGAAGAUAUCUUAUUAAAUAGAACAGAUUGGUACGUCUCAAAACGAAUAUAAAACUUCUUCUUUCCUGUCACAAACACUUGGCUGGAAAACACUUUUCUUGCUUUCCAUAUAAAACAGAAAAAGUUCAUUACCCUUGUAUGUGUUUAGGCAGGACGUUUUGUGUCACUCACAAGGAACGGUUUUAUCUUUUUCGAAACUCCGACUGGUUGAACGUAGAAAUCGAAAACGGUAAUUGUUUUGCGUUUUAGUUUUAUAGUUUUUGCAGUAGGGUUGUUUUAGGGUUGUUGUUGUUCUGUGUGUCGUUGUUGGUAUUUCUAUAGACUUAAUCUUACUUAAUUUGCCUUCCAGAGCGCGCCAGCUGUUUGGUUUAAUCGAUUCUCUGAAAACGACGAGUUCCAAGAAACAACAAUCAUGUUUUGUCUUCACGUUUGAUGACCAAUCCACAGUAGAACACGUGUCUGAAGACAAAGUUUCAGGUACGAUUUAGUUUCUGUUGCAAUUCAAUUUUCACUUAAUUAAAACUGAUUUUACAAGUGUAUGGUACUAAGCGUUGUCGUGCAGCAGAUGAUAGUCAGCAUUAUCAGAAUGAGGAGUUAAAAUUCAUUCAUUUUCAAUCUUGUGUUUGGUGGUAAAUAAAUAGAAUGGAGAUAGUCUGCCGCCCCUGUAACACUGGCACCCAUGCGUAAAGGUCCAGAUGCGAUUCGACAAAACGACGCGAUUUUUAGUUUUUGAAAGUUAAUAAAACACCCAAUGAGAGCAAAUUUUGAAAGAUAUGUAGACCGAAUAACUCAAAAUGUUAUAGCGCUUCUAAAUAUUUGGAAAAUUCAAACUAGGAUCAAAGUUAUCGGUCAGUGAAAAUCGAAAAAUCGCGUCGCGUUGUCGAAUCGCGUCCGGUGUGUCUGGACCUUAAAUCGUGUCACUCUAUCUUGUAGACUAUCCCGAGUACAGUUCACCAGAAAGGUUAAACGACUUGAAUUCAGCUACAGCCAUUGAUAGUCGCCGUGUAAGCUUUUGUGGCAAACUACUUUACGCUAGAUUUACAAACGAUAAAUAUUACAAUACAAAACACGUUCGUUUAUGGUUAUCUGGAAAAUGUAUUGCUCACCAUUGCCUGGAGAGUGACGUAACACUUGAGCCAACAAUCUCAGUUAUCCAAGUUAGUUAUUCCAGCGGUAGAACGGUAGAAUGGGAUGCAUCCACACUAUUAGCUGGUCAGCUGCUGUCCAUUCAAGAUGUGGUGUUUGACAGAGGUUGGUAUGUUGUAGUAAACUAAACUUUGUUUAUAUAAAGUUACUGCAUAUAGUUCUAUCAGUUCUAAACUGUUCUACCUAGAGGUCCAGUAUUACUACACGAGGAAACCUAAACUAAAUUACUGUAACUUUAUUUGUACUGCAUACCUCUAUCAGUUCUUAAAUGUUCUCCCAAGAGGUUCACUAAAGGCCCAUUUCCACUCAGGAAAAUUUUCCGCAGAAAGAAAUUUUGUAAAAUGUGAUUGGCUGGCACAAAUCUUAACUUUUAACAAUGAUACUUUCGGAAAAUAUUUUGUCCGUGGAUAAUUUUCUUAGUGGAAAAGGUCUUAAAGGGGCAAACUAGAGUACCUGAAGAACACCCGUGGUGUUUGUUAGAGUCAAACUAAAAGAACUCUUCUCAUACGCAACUGAGAUGAAAUUAUGAUCAAACAAAUACAUAUUGCAGGAAUGCAACCUCGGAGAUGAACUGGGCAUGUACUGACCACUGUCCUGUUAUGAUUUUAAAUUAGUAAAUCCAGCAAUUCUGACUGCUGACAUAUUUUCGAAGAUUCAAGUCAUCGUUCUUCAGUCCUCUCCAACUGAUGAAUCUGCGCAGAACAUCCAUGAGGUAAUCAGUUUAAUCUUCUUUGGGAAUGUUUUAUUUGCGAAAUUUUCUUGCAUGAGACAAGUGCUGAAUGUCCUAUUUAAUAGUGGGUUUCAGUAAACGUUAUGUGUCAUCUGAUGUUGGUCAACUUUAGAAUUGUCGAUACUUGCAAGGGGAAGAAAAUUGAACUUCAUCUCUCAAUACACCCUCUGGAAAGUACCUAUAAAGCCUCGUUUUUGUGUGUCUGACAUCAGUUAAGACCAAUUUACACUACACAACUUUUGCCUAAAACUGUCGCAUGCAACCUGCCUACAACUUGAGUUGUACUGUGUAAAUCAAGCACACAAAGGCACCUACGAUACGUGGACGAUUGUGUGUUUGAUUUACACAGUACAACUCAAGUUGUAAGCAGGUUGCAUGCGACAGUUUUAGGUAAAAGUUGUGUAGUGUAAAUUGGCCUUUAAAGGUCACGUCUCAACCACGAAAACGAGGCUCUAUAGCUAAGGUGACGUCAUUUCCGGAAGCCUGUAUUCUGUAAGACUAAUAUAUAUAUAUAUAUAUAUAUUGGACUUAUUUAUUUAACACUAGAUUUGGCAUAGAACAAUGACGACGACAAUGACAGAUGAAGAGUGUACUUGUUUGAAAUCUCUUCCUGUGGCUGGGUUACCAACUUUGAACGAAAAUUGUAGAGUUGAUUGUUUAGUAAUGCUUGAAGGUGUGUGGUGCUUAGAAAAUCUGCUCAAUAGUACUGUACAUGUUUAAUAUCAUCACUCUUUUGAGAUUGGAUCAAAUGAUGAGAGUUGGCAGUCACGUGAUCUUGGUUAUGCGCCUAUCAAUGUUUAGCCCCAGGGUGGGGGGGGGGGGGCGUACAACCCCCGGGGAAUUUGACAUUUUCAACUUGUCUUUUGUCAAUUUUCCGACUCUGGGGCUUAAGUAGUUGGUCAAAUUUCCCCCCUCCUGGGCAACCCCUCUACUCUGAAGGAAACAACAUUUUAAUAAACAGGAAUAUACAGCAGAAUCAUAUUGAACUGCAAAACAUAUGCAUGUCCAAAAUAAGUCGUCUAUUUGUUCUAGUAGACCAAAGUGUUCCAACAUGCACACUGGUAGUGAAAAAAGAAAGAUUUUCUCACCUUUAUUCCGAGCUUCCACAUGAAUUGAGAACUGCGCAUGCUCAGUCGAAAAUUAUUCCAAUUUUACAAUUAUUCAAAAUGGCGGCUAUGUCAAAUUUCCCUACCCCUCGGACCCAUCAGUAUUGUCGAAUUCCCGAGACUCAUUGAUGAUCAAUUUCCCAGGGGUUGUCCGCCCCCCCCCCCUGGGGCUUAACAUUGAUAGGUGCAUUAGUUCUUAAUGCUUUCCCAACACUAUCAUGUAAAACAUAGCUGGAACACUCAUCAAACUUUUUUAAUCUAGAGCUUGAAAUGUCCCCUGUAAUAAUGCGUGACUGACAACUCUCAUCAACUCUCAUUCUCUUUGGACCUGGGGCUGGUUGUAUAAACUCUUAAUCACUUUUUUAAUCACUAUUUUGUAGUUAAACAGUGAUUAACUCUCAAAUACGCGCUUCUUAUUGGAUGACGUUUCCACUAGUUAACUUUAAUCACUUUUUUAUACAACCGGCCCCAGGCCCAGGGCUUCAUACUGGCACUUAAUCUCGGAACAUUCAUGUCAGUAUCAUCAUCUUUGUUUAGGUGUAAUUUCUGGUGUCGAUCAUGAAAACGCUUUUUGUUGGUAUUCUUGUUUCCACUGUAGUAGUGAGGAUAUAUCAGAAAUAUCAAAUAGGUGAGUAGAAAGUUGAACAGUCUGUGGCAGUGUAGGUAGUGGCAAUAAUUUCUCAAAUUCAUUAAUAAUUCAUGAGCAAUUCCGCCAAUGAUAAUCACUAUUUGAUCACAAGAUGCCAUUUGGAUAACCCGGUGAAACUUGAUGAAAGUCACUAGUGUUUUCAUCAAAUAUCUUAAUUACGCAUGCAAAAUUACUUGAAUAGAAUUUCUAAUUACGUUAUGCUUGGUUAAGAAUUCUAUUCAAAUCAGCAAACGAAAACAUUCUGUUACGUCUCGAUUCAUUUGAGAAGCCAUAUAAACAACUCGAGCUCGUGUCUCACCGGGAUAUCCCAACACUCGAAAACAAUGUGUGAAAACACUCGCGCUUCGUGCUCGUGUUUACAUACAUUGUUUUCUCGUGUUUGGAUAUCCCGGUGAAUCACUCGCUCUCGUUGUUCAUAUAUUAUAAGAAAGCUUAGGAUUGCUAGGGAUACAACUACCUGAAGGGUACACGGAGAACUUCGAAGUUUCGAGCGAAUGCCCUUCGUCUGGAAGUUAAUCCGAAGCUAUCUUAUUAUUGCCACUGCAACCAACACUGAAACAGGCCAUUCAAUGUUCCCAGUCAGAUUUAGUAUAAUCAUUGGCAUAACUUAUUAGUUCUUGACAUAUUAAUUUCGUGCCACAGAAUAAAGAUCCAUACAGAAGGGCCACUUACGUCGGAAGCUUUGAAGUUUCUGUCCUCGCGCAUGUUGGCCGCCAUUUUCCUAGCCAGUCAAUGGCAUUUUCUGGCCGGUAAACACGCUGUACUGGCUGGAUGCUUCGCCUUCUGGUCACUAAACUGCAUAUUUUUGCAUAAGAAAAAUGAGGACACGUUGCACCGCUGAGUGGCCCUUCUGUUACUGAUCUUUAUUCUGUGACUAGGCCCAACAAGGUCAGGCCCGCGAAAAAAUUGGGCUUAAAAAGCCUUUGCUCGAAACGUCGAAGUAUAUUCUCGGACUUAAAUGACGUCAACGGAGUCCUCUUUAAAUAUGACGUAAGUUGGUGCAAUUAUUAUGGGACACGUUUAUGCGCACGCAUUCAUAAGUGGCGUAUAAUGAAAAGUACCUUAGAUAAUCACAAAUCGAACUAAGAUUUUUUUCUUCUGUGGACUUUCCUGCCGACGGGAAUCUAGUAUAUGCUCGUUUAAACAAUGUUGUUUUAUAUUUUUAAUAUUUUUCUUACAGUAUUUCACAAUAUCAUUGCAACGCAUGCGCUCUGGAGUUCAACUCUCCCGUUACAAACAUUCAUUUGGAAGUGUACUUGGAGUCCACAAGUACAUCAACAUUCAUGGUUAAAGUUAAGGUACAUAAAGAUAUUUUAUACUGGAUAGCUUCGUCACUUCUAAACUGUUCUCUCCAGAGAUCCAGUGCGGGUCAUCCGAGGGAGGGGCCUGGGAACGAGGCUUAUACAUUAAUCUUCCAAACUUCUCCAUUUUAAUUUUUUUCUGUUUCUGUGUUUUAAACUUUAGCUUCUUCAAAAGACCAUAAGAAAUUUGCUAUCUGGAUCAGAGAAAACCAAUAGCGAGGUAAACUAAAUUCAAUUUAUCUAUACCAGAUAGCCUCUGCCAGAUAGCUUUAUCACUGCUAAACUGUUCUUUCUAUGUCUUGGUUAUUGGUCCAGUGUUACUACAGGAGGAAACUGGAAUACCUGUAGUGUUUAGUAGAGUCAAACUGGUAGUGUCAUACGUACGUUUUUUUUCUCUAUAGACGUAUAAUGUGAAUUCCGUUCUGAACAAAUAUCUUGGACCAAUGCAUUGUCACAUCGCGGAGAAAAUGCAGGACAAAAACUCACAGAUAAGUUUUAAACUUGAAGAAUUAGAUAGCAGUAGUUGGAAUACUGUACCAAUGAUUGGUUUAGCCAACGAAUAGCUUUGCUACAAAAUAACUAAAGUAUUUCUUAACAUUGAUAUUUAUUCAUGACAAUGUCAACGCACAGCGUAUAGAUAAGUUAAUGUUUAGUUAGACUGAUAUUUUAUUUAUGAUAAUGAUGGGCUUGUCACAAGUCAUACAAAAAUUACUUGCUUUCUGGAUAUGACAGAUUGCAAUGACCUUUGUGAAACGUUCAGACCUUUUAUAUAGAGACGAUAUCAGACGUGCUGGGUUGGAUAUAGUUGUUUGAUUGUUAGGAAAAGCAGAAACUUUGAAAGCCCAAUUCCUUGCAUGUUUAACCCAUUGCGGGUGUAUUUUCGUGCAGGCUAUAAUGAACGGUCCUCCAAUACUUCACUGCGACCGUAGUUAGCACAGUAACGAGAGAGUGUAGUUGGUUAUGUUCCAUAUCUCUUGCGAUGUAGUGUUGGCGGCAAACUCUCCAUUAUUGACAACCAAGAUCUUUCUACAGUUACCACAGAUUUAUCAUCGUUCACACCAAGGAACAGUAAAGGCUGAAAGGGAAAACAUGAAGAACUCAGUUAUGUGCUAAUAUGAAACUUAUUUUGUGAGUCAUGAAAUGAAGAGAUCUGAAGAUGUGGGGUGGUAGGUAUUGCAGAGAAGGUGAGGGAAGCAAGGUUGAGAUGGUAUGGACACGUGAUAAGAAGAGAUGAAGGAGAGCUGGUCAGAGACAUUAUGGAAUGACGAGAUCAGAAGAUGUGGUGGUAGACAUUGCAGAGAAGGUGAGGGAAGCAAGGUUGAGUUGAUGUGGACACGUAAUAAGAAGAGAUGAAAGAGAGAGUUGGUCAGUGUAAUUAGAGAUGAAGGAAAGUUAGUCAUGAGACAUGGAGCUGGAGAUAAAGGGAACAGAAGACGGGAGAAACCGAAAAAGAAAUGGAUAGAAGAAGAUCUGUACAAGAAGAUGUACUGUAAAUGUCAAGAAUUCCUACCUGAUAUUUCUUGCAUAUUUUGAAAGCUUCUGAUUGUUCUAUCUCUUCUCGUUCAGUGGUCUUCACAGACUCGCUGUGUUUUCUUUUCUUCCCAAUACGGGCUUCAAAUUUGUCUCGUUUCGUUUCGAACAAUUUUAUACUUUUUGACGGUAAUGGCUGGAUAAAU